GCCGGGCCGGGCGGGCGAUGGCGAAGAGCCGCGGGGAGAACGGGCCGCGCUCGCCGGGGCCGGGCGGGAGCCUGUCGGGGACCCGGGAGAGCCUGGCCCCGGGCCCGGACGCGGCCUCAGCCGCCGACGAGCUCAGCUCGCUGGGUUCCGAUUCGGAGGCCAACGGCUUCGCGGAGCGCCGCACCGACAAGUUCGGCUUCCUCGUGGGCGCGCAGGGAGACCCCGGCGCAGUGGAGGAGGUGCCCCUGGAGGUGCUGAGGCAGCGGGAGUCCAAGUGGCUGGACAUGCUCAACAGCUGGGACAAGUGGAUGGCCAAGAGGCACAAGAAGAUCCGGCUGCGGUGCCAGAAGGGGAUUCCGCCAUCCUUGCGGGGCCGGGCCUGGCAGUACCUGUCAGGAGGGAAGGUCAAGCUCCAGCAGAACCCUGGGAAGUUUGACGAGCUGGACCUCUCACCGGGGGACCCCAAGUGGCUGGACGUGAUCGAGAGAGACCUGCACCGGCAGUUCCCCUUCCACGAGAUGUUUGUGUCCCGUGGGGGCCACGGCCAACAGGACUUGUUCCGCGUGCUGAAGGCCUACACGCUGUACAGGCCCGAGGAGGGUUACUGCCAGGCCCAGGCGCCCGUGGCAGCUGUGCUGCUCAUGCACAUGCCCGCCGAGCAAGCCUUCUGGUGCCUGGUGCAGAUCUGCGAGAAGUACCUGCCGGGCUACUACAGCGAGAAACUGGAGGCCAUCCAGCUGGACGGGGAGAUCCUGUUCUCUCUGCUGCACAAAGUGUCCCCCGUGGCCUACAAGCACCUGAGCAAGCAGAAGAUCGACCCCAUCCUGUACAUGACCGAGUGGUUCAUGUGCGCCUUCUCGCGCACGCUGCCCUGGAGCUCCGUGCUCCGCGUCUGGGACAUGUUUUUCUGCGAAGGAGUCAAGAUCCUCUUCCGGGUGGGCCUGGUGCUGCUGAAACACAGCCUGGGCUCCUCGGAGAAGCUCAAGGCCUGCCAGGGCCAGUACGAGACCAUGGAGCGGCUGCGCAGCCUGAACCCCAAGAUCAUGCAGGAGACCUUCCUGGUGCAGGAGGUGAUCGAGCUGCCCGUGACCGAGCGGCAGAUCGAGCGCGAGCACCUGAUCCAGCUCCGGAAGUGGAAGGACACGCGGGGGGAGCUCCAGUACCAGUCGCCCCCGAGGCUGCACGGGGCAAAGGCCAUCAGCGAGGCGGAGCCGGCCCCCCGGAAGGCGCUGGAGCCCUCCCCCUCCAUCCGCCUGCCCCCGGGCGCCCAGCUGCCCGGCGCGGGCCCCAAGAGCAGGCAGCAGAAACAGGCCGAGAAGGAGCAUCAGAAGGCGCUGAAGGCGCAGGCCAAGCAGCAGAGGGGGCGGCAGCAGCCCCCGCAGGCCCCCCCGGCUCCUGGCGAGGGCCCCGGCCCGGCAGCCGCCGCCCAGGCCCCGGGCCCCAGCACCGAGCUGGCGCCCCUGGCCGCCCCGGGGGCGGAGGGUCCAGAAGCCAAGGACUCGCCUCAUCACUCCAAGGAGAGCCUGACUUCCCAGGAGAGUGAGGACACUUACCUGUAAAGGGGCCGGGCCCCCGGGCCUCGGUUUCCCUUUUCUGAAGGGCUGGGAGCUGAGCCAGGGCAGCUAGGCCAGGAGGGGACAUUCCCGUAGGCCCUGCCUCCCCAGGACAGCCUCGACCUCCCCUUAGGGCGGCCCCAAAAGGCCUCUGAGACAGAGGGGACCCUGGACCGCAGGCCCCCCUCCCUGGGCAGCUGUCCCCCUUCUCUGCUGGGGCCCCCCGGAGCGAGAAGGGCUGCCUGGCCCCCUCCCCUCAGGCCAGCAGCAAGGACGGGCGGCCCAGGGGCCAGGGCCGCCUCAGCCGCUAUUUAUUCUCAGUCCCCGAGGAGGAUGUCGGGGUCGGGGUCCUGGUCCUGGGGCGCCCACGGGUCACAGUGAAGUCCCCGCUUCCUGUUGCCUGGGGGGAGGGGGCUUUCUUCCACACUCCCCUCUGCACAGGCCGGGGUCAGGCCUCCCCUCCUCAGCCUCCAGCCCUCCUCAGCCUGAAGACCCCGGGCCCUCAGAUCCCCCCUCGGCUCCUCCUGUCCUGGGCCGCCCACUGGGCCCACGGGAAGGGCCGGGGCAGGGGCCCACUCCUGGGUGGCGGAUGAGGGGUGGGCUCUCUUUGUGUAAAAUAUGUUUUGUACAGAAAUAAACUGGGUUAUAUAAAGA